AUGAUAUUUCAAAAUGACGGUGCUCCUUGCCAUUUUGAAAGACAAGUGAGGGAGCACCUCAACAGAACUGUCCCAGGAAGGUGGAUUGGGCGUGCAGGGCCAAUCGAAUGGCCUGCACGCUCACCAGAUUUAAACCCUAUAGAUUUUUUUAUUUGGGGAUUCUACAAAGAGAUGGUGUAUGCUAGAGAAAUUAAUUCGGAAAAUGAAUUAAGGGAAAAAUUGAGACAGUGCGCAGAAAAAAUCGGAGAAAAUACGAAUGCUCUUCGAAGACUAAAAGCAAAUUUUUUAAGACGAUGUAGACUGUGUAUCAAAGUUAAUGGCCGCCAUUUCGAAAAUUUACUUUAA